AUGUCGCACACCUCCCAGGGAUCCUCAAGCACUGGCCGCCAACUGGCCAAUGAAGCAUCACUGGCUGCGCAGGCGGAUGACGCAAUUGAAGCAAUGCGCGUCACUGAGCUUGAGUCAGUGCGUGCUCACAAUGAGCAACUGAUGCAAGAGGCAACUGCAGCAAUGCAGCGACUGUCACUGGUGCGACAGAUGCCCGACACAACAAUGGGAGACUGGCCGUUCAAUGUGGUCGAAAGGCCACUGGUCCACAUCCAGACUGAGAGGCCACCCGCGCUGUACCAUGGUGACAUUGCCAACUGGUACUGGGUGAUGAACGCCGAGUUCCCCACUGAUGCUGGCAAUCUGGAUAACUGGACGAGCUAUGCCGACCUGCGAAUGCUGCUCGCAAAGGAAGUGGAUCGAGUGUGGAACCUGGUGAAAAGGUCCACUGAGUCAACUGGGUUCUUGGAGUGCACUGUCCGAGAGGUGCUCUCGUCCUGUGGACUGCACUGCUUCUUCGCAGGACAGCCGACUGAUGGGUCGGAGAGAAUCCGACUGCCGCCGACCGUGCUGAACACCUUGGUUGACUGCACUGACGUCAUCAUCGAUGCUGUGCAGGAAACUGUGGAUUUGUUUCCGUUCAUCGACUGGUGUUCGGAAUACACCAAGGAAGAGGCUACACUGUUCAAGAGACUGGAGAGUGAAAAUCGCCAACCAUCAAGUGUUUCUGAAACACUGGUGGCAAAGCACUGCUGGAUUUGUCUUCGCAGUGAAGAUGCUGAGACACUGCGGACGACUGGCCAAUUUUCACUGGAAGGAAUCUAUGCUGGACAGUUCAAUCUGUCGAUGAGUGCUCGAGCUGCACUGUGGCGCCGUGGACUGUGGCAGACACAGACCGAGGAGUCCACUGACACUGCUGAGCAGACGUGGACACUGGUGGCGUUUCGGUUCACCACUGUGCAUUUCAUCAAUCUGGUCACUGAAGGCACACUGCGGUUUUUCAAUCGCAGGUACAGUGAUUACAUCGUGACCACUGACCCCGGGCUCACUGAGGUGCCAUUCACACUGAAUGCCCAAGAGUGUGGGUCCAUCCGUCGCUGGACACUGGUCGGCUGGAAGCCAAAGGAUCUGUUCGCCCGAUCCACUGCUGAUGACUGGCAUCGCAACUGUCGUCACAUCGUCAUCGGGGCGACUGUUUGGACUGAGGCAACUGCCAUCCAGCUGGGAGAGUUCAUCACUGACGAUGAUGUGCCAACUGGCUCGUGGAGACCAGGAGGCACUGGCACUGGUGGUGACAAGGCCCAAGCGACUGCCCUGACCACGGUAGUCACUGGUCUGAGACGAGCCAUUGGGACUGAGCAUCAAGUCUCAAUCACUGUCUCGCCAGCGGAGUGA